GAUGAUAUCGAAACCAGUAAUGUGUAGAGGGGAAAAACUACUGUAUAUCAAAGAUUAUGGCACUGCUUUAUCCAAUAUCAGAGGUCCAGGUAACGCUUUAGUUUCUCUAUCCUCAACAGAGGCUAGUUAUUAGCACGCUUACUCAAAAGAAUUAAUUUAAUAGUUAAAAUUUUAACUGUCUUUAUAAAUGCUUCAAUUAUURCGUCACCAAAUCAAAUUCGGCUUUUAUUACUAAAAAAGACACCUGUUUAGGAUUUUCAUAAUCUUAAGACUUCGUUAUUAACAAUUGGAGAUGGCAGAAGAAGGCUUUGCUUAUUAUAAGAUCGUACAACGUAUAUCAAAAAAGGAUUUGUUUGUUUGUUUGGCUCUAUGGAUGGAGGAAAGCCCCUUGGUAUCAAUAGAUGACUGUGGAAUAUGUGAYGGAAGUAUCGUAAACAGUAAGAUUGGAGAUAAAAGAAAGAAUGUUGAGCUCGAUGAUWAUCAUGACCUAAAGAAAGUGAAAGUAUUGGACAGUGAUGAAGUUAAUUCUGGAAGCAAUGAAAUUGAAGAUUCGGAAAAUCARGUUUUUGUGGAAAAGGUUGAUUCUGAACAUACUCUUAAAGAUAGUAUGAUAAACAGUCCUAUGACAGAUUCAAAUGAAGCUAGAGAAGUAAAGAAAUUGAGCACAGAAAGUAAACUCAACACCAUGGGUGUGGUUAUUGUUGAUUCAAAUGAGCGCAUAGUUGCGAUAGACUACACCCAUCAAGGUCUUCAUGCCAUUACCAAUGCGAUGGUAGCUCACUCUGGAAAAAUGCAAGGUUGUGUAGUGUAUGCCUCUAGAAAACCUUGUUCGUUGUGUACUAAGUUUAUGAUCCAAAUGGGAAUAACAAAGAUUUAUUAUUUACCCCUGGAGCCAGAAUGCCCUAUUGCAGAAGACCUGAAUUAUUGUGAACAAAUGUACAGGACGUGCCCUAUUGCUCAGUCUGUGUAUGUGCCUUCAAUAUGCAAAAAUGUAAUAAGAGAUAGUACAGUAAAGAGAUCUCCUUAUACACCAACAAAGCCAGACCAUGUUGGUCUCGUCGAAGUUUUAUUAAACAAAUACUGGAAUAAAGAAUGGGUUAAUAUCUUGCCGCAAUUGCUUUUUUGGUCAGAUUAUGAGAAGAUUUCUGGCAAAGUAGCAUCUCAAAUGAUUGUAAUGUUCRAAUGGCUUGCUAAGGUGACUUUGGUAGAUGUCCCUGAAACCACAAGGUUUAAACCAUAUGAACUUUGCAAUGGUUUGAUAUCAGGAAGAACAGACAUUGAAUCUCAUACAAAUGAUGUUGACAAUAGCWUGAGAAAAUCAGCAGCUUUGAUUGUGAGGGAUUCGCAAUGGCAGCAGACUGCACUACACAUGUCCAGAAUGGCACAGAUCUUAGCGCAGAGGUCAGACGACCCCAUGAGGGGGGUUGGAGCAGUGGUUUUAAAGGAGAAUGAAAUAGUYGCUGUUGGAUGGAAUGGAUUUCCAGCCAAGGCAUUGUAUGGUGAUUUCCCCCGAGCAAAUGACAGAGAUGAGAACAUCAAGGAUAAGAAAUAUCCAUACAUCAUUCAUGCAGAACAGAGCACGAUUUUAUCAAGACUUGUACAAGAUAUCAAUCAUGAAUCAACUACAAUGUUUGUGAACAAAAUGCCUUGUAAUGAAUGUAUGCCAAUUAUACUAAAAGUUGGAAUAAGAAAUGUGGUGUUUCCUCCAGAAAGAACUAAACAAUAUACCACAUAUCUACAUACAGAUUUGAUUUCAAGAUGUAUUAUGGCUGGUAAGAUAAAUGGAUUUAUUUCUGAAAUUUAUCCAAAGAAUGAAGGCCAAGUAAAAGUAGUUUCAAAAAGUUUGCAAUUUCUUGAAACUAARAAAGACAAAGAAACUCUAAAUUCUAAUAUUAAAUGACAUUUCUAAAUUUUCUUAUCAGUUUGUGUUAUCAUAUCAUUGAACAUGUUUCUUAAACCAUUAAUGAUUUUGAUAAUUGACCCUCUCAUCCAUGGCCAAGGGUAAAAUAUUGCCAGAUAUCUAUAUUGCUCUAUUAAAUUGUAAUUAGCAUAAUUCCAUAAUCUAGAACACAUUCUUAGCAAUAGCUUACACUCGAUAAUUUGUUGUCAUACAUAAGUGCUUGAGGAUUGUGUGUUUACRCUAUGAGUGUGUGGGUUUUGGUAAUGUUUUGGUUGAUAUUUUUGUUUUACCCAAAUGAUUAGAUGGUUUAGAAAGCUUAGAAGCGUUAUUAAAAUCAUCAUGGUUGAGAAAACAAGUUUUUAAAUAAUUAAAUAUAUAUCAUUCAUGGGAAAGAUUGUUUCAUCUGAAUAUUUCCAAACACCCAGAAGGGAGUUUAAAAAAUGAGGCAGAGCCAAGGUUUUUAACUAGCUUCAAGGUGUUUAGAUUCACCUUUGAUAUGGCUUCUCAAACUAUUAAUAAUUCUUGGAGAAAUUCAAAGCAUAAGCUGCCCAAAAUUUAUGCUAAUUAAGAAUACAUUUCCAAACCUCCUUCAUGCUAGUGAUUUUUGCUUUGUCCUCAUGAAUCAUUAAUAAGUUUGAGAAUAAUAAACCACAUUUAUUUUGAAAUAUUUUCAACACUACAUUUUAUUUUCUAGUAAGUACUGUAACUUUUAGUCUAAAUAGAGGUUUUGCACCAUCUUGUGAAGGCAGCCAUCUUUAAGAUGACAGGAAAAGUACAGUGGUUUUACAUGAGAAAGAAUYCAAUUCCCAGAGUAAAUGGAGUCAGUUGUUUUCCCAACUGUCAUUGCUGCUGUCUGGUGAUGCUGAACAACCUCUAUUAUAGUCAAAAUGGCUUAACCUUACCCCCUAGGUUCCRUUAAUGGUUUCAUUGUUCAAAUAUCAAAAUUUAUUAUUCUUUCCGAGAAUAAAAAGCAAUACAACGUCUUCAUAUUCUCAGAAAGAAUAUUAUUAAAAUUUCAAUGCUUGAGUAAUGAAGGCAUUAAUGAUAAUUUAAUAAUAAUAAUUUUAUUAACUUAUAUAGUGCAUUUUCCAUAAAAAUGAUCAAAUGAUCAAAAAAAAUUAAUCAAACCUAGGAGGGUAAGCUUGAGCUGUUUUGACUAUAAAACCUUUUUCCAUGCUGUGCAUCUCGUUUAUUGACUUCAUUUACCCUUCAAGUAUGCCUUAAUUGAAUAUGGUCUGAUGGCUGGACAUCAUUAAGAUGUGUGAUUUGUGAAAAAUAGUACAAUUCUUGUAUAUUUUUUUUACACUUAUUGAUUUUUCAUUGAUUUUAUUGUAACAGAUAGUUUUGAAAUUAGUCAAAUACCACUAUGUUCCUUGAUUACAGACUCAUUUACACARUGCUAGCCUUAUUUCACUUGUUUUAGAUGGGUUUGAAAGGUUAAAUCAUGAAAGCUAAGACUGACGGCUAUUUCGGGUUGUUGAUAUCCUGGGCAUUCAGAGAGUGUUUGCAUGCAGACACUUGCAUGAAGAGUGACAAACUGUUUUGUUUGGUAACUUGAAUCAAUGUUCAAGAGCUGCAGAAUCGCAAUAUGCAUAAUAUUAGCCUCAUUAACUGUUUACCCAAAACACCCCUCAGUCUUAGCUUCAAUGUUUUAACUUUUUCAUUCCAAUAAUGUUUCUUCCAAUUUUGUUAAAGAAUGCACACUUCAACAAUACAAGCACUUUGAAAUUCCAUGGACCUUCACUGGAAUGCUAGAAAUUAUAUUUUGAAUAAUUCCAUACAAAAUCAAGGCUGCCACUGAACACCAGAGAUUUUAAUUCUGGACUAUCGCUAGUUAAUCAUUUGUGGAUUUGAUCUUCGAAAACUCUUUAUCUUUAGAAUAAAGAUUCAUAGUUUAU